AUGGCACCCGGUUACUCUCGCACCAUGCUACCCCGAACAGGGCUUGCUCCACUGCUAGCCAGUCUCGACUUACCGGGCGAGAUUCAGCUGCCAGGCGGUGCAAUUCACUCAAUUGGCAGUGGUCAGCCUAGCUAUCGCAUCGUCUUCCGCUCCAAGAAGGCCCUUCAGACGCCGAUGACAGAGCUUAGCAUUGCAGAAGCUUUUGUAAGAGGUGACAUCGAUGUUGAGGGAGAUAUCGGAGUUCUUUUUGGUGCAAGGGAACGCAUACAGGAUAAGAUGCCAUUGCGACAAAAGAUUCAAUUCCUCUACGACUUUGCUCGGACAGCGACAAAAAUGAACGCCAAAGCUGUCGGCGAACAUUACAGUCGGGGUGACGACUUUUACUUGACUUUCAUCGACAAACGCUUCCGUUUCUACUCGCAUGGGCUCUUUCAGAAGCCCGACGAAAGCAUUGAAGAGGCUUCGGAACAUAAGCUUGAGUCUAUGUACCAGGGGCUUGGACUCAAGGAGGGCAUGCGAUUGCUCGAUAUUGGUGGCGGAUGGGGCGGCGUAACGCAGUAUUGCGGUGCCCGUGGAGUACACGUUACUACAUUGACCAUUGCGAAGGAUUCGCAGAGGUUCAUUAGCCGACUCAUUGAGGAGCAGAACCUUCCCGGUGAGGUCUUCCUCGAGGAUUUCCUCAACCACAACCCGGCUGAACCAUACGACCAUGCUGUUAUUUAUGGCGUGAUCGAGCACAUACCAAACUACCGCAGAUUUGCGCGCAGUGUUUGGAAAGUUCUGAAACCUGGCGGUAGACUAUAUCUCGACGGCUCGGCUGCUGUAGAGAAAUUUGCCGUGAGCUCUUUCACUCGCGAUUAUGUCUGGCGAGGAACUCAUACGUUCAUGACCCUCCAAGAUGUACUUGCCGAGAUGCUCUACCACGGUUUUGAGAUUGUCGACGUUGCCCGAGAGACUCGUGACUACGAGCUUACAAUGUUGGAAUGGGCAAAGCGUCUUGAGGCAGCAAAGGAAUAUAUCAUUGCUGGAUGGGGCGAGGAAACGUACCGAGUGUUUCGCUUGUUCUUAUGGGGUGGCACACAUGCCUUCAAGACGAAUAGCUUGCAAGCAUAUCACUUCAUUGCAGAGCGAACGUCGAGUCUCGGGCCUCGUCCGUCUAUUGCUCGAAGGAUAACCAGAUUUAUUGGCAACCUUCGAUAG